UGAUAUUUAACAUCGACUUACUUUUAUGACAGCUAUUACAUAUUGUAACACCUGUUAGUUAAAAUAAGUUUAAUGAAAAUUGGGUUUUACUUAAAAGGAGAUACGUGAUCCUUUUCGAAUGCAGAUGAUUCUUUUAGAACGAACACAUUGCCAGUGUUUCACUUUGUUGAGUAUUCUCUGACAAAAUGCACCUAUUUUGGAUCAUAUUAGUAUUUUGUGCUGCAUCGGUUAGUGCUUUUGAAAAGAAGAAAGUUUGUGCGAAACUCACCGAAGAAAUAGGUGCUGAAUUCGAUAAAUGCAACACUUUAAUUCCGGAAGAGCAAUUGAAACUCAUUAAUGAAUGUAAGAAAGCCGCCGUUCCAGAUGCACUUCCAGAAAAUGUAGAUAAAACCUAUCCUUAUCUUGUUGAAGCCUGCAAAGACCGUCAAAAAUUUAAAACGUUCGCUGAUUGCAUGGGAGGUCAUAUUGAAAACGGUAAAAUCACGGAAGAACACAUGGCUGAAAACGAAAGAUGCUACGGUGAAGUUGAGGAAAAAUACGAUGUAGGACCUGGAAAACCAACAAAGAAAAGCGUCUUAGACUUAGUUAUACCAGAUUCUCUUUGAAUGUAGAAUACAUAUAUGAUGAAAGUUGAAUAAAAAUGACAGUUUUCUCUA